CAGCGCCGCCGUCGCGCUCGACGACGACGGCGCGAUCGACGCGGCAUCAACAACCGACCUGAAACCGCUCGAGAUUCCCACGGACGGUUUAGUACUUGCGGACGUCGAACCAUUAAUACCGGAGAAAACAGCAUUCAUCGACAGGCACCCGCUCCUGGCCAAGUCGCUGUCCAUGGGCAUCACCUACGGGUUGGCGGACAUGACGGCGCAAUUGUUCGCAUAUUUAGCACACGGCGAGGUCGUCCCGCUGGCCAUGCGAUGCAGAAGGGCCAUCAGCCUGACGGGCGUGGGCUGCUUGGCUGUUGGUCCUCUACUCACUGUGUGGUUCGACUUCCUGGAGCGUAUCGUACCAGGGCGGUCCAAAAGAGCAAUUUUGAAGCGCACGGUCCUGGACCAGGCCAUCGAGGUGCCCGUGAUGAUCUCGAUCAUCUUCUCCCUCUCGUCGCUGGCGGAGGGGCACUCUCCAGCAUACUGCCUCGCGAAGAUCCAGCUCAAGCUCCUCAGCACGUGGAAGGACUGCACGGCCGUCUGGUUUCCGGUCCAGUUGGUGAACCAGGGCCUCAUACCGUUGCGGUUCCGGGUCAUCUUCCAGGCCGUCGUGUCCUUCUUCUGGGACACUUAUUUAUCAAUCGUGUCCCACUCGGUCGUCGUAUAGAGACCUUCAUGGGUCGCGGCGACGGCGUGCUGCUGGGACAGCACGCCGUCGCGGCGACACUCACCCGCGGCUCCGAGUCCCGUUCCGGCGGCCGCACACCAAGACUAAUAACAAUGUGAAUC